AUGCAGUCAACAAGUACGCCUCAACAACCAACUUCGGAAGUACCGACUGCCUCUCGUAUGAUGGCAGACCAGGAAGCUCCCUUGUCUUUGGAAUCCUCGGUUGAGUCCAUCCUACAUGAUGCCUCCCUCCUCCACAAGUCCACCUCACCUGACGACACUACAUGCCCCGAGUCCAAAUAUCUGCAUGUUCAAGAUGCUGCACGCUUCAAAGCCCGACUUGAUGAGCUACCGCAAGAACUUCUUGACAUGAUCGAAGAACGUUUGAUGUCAGCACAUAUCGAGUCGUGGAUAGACUCGGUGCCUGUCGAGUCCAGUACAUCCAUCACCAUCCCGGGCGUAAGUUGGUUACACUAUACGCUGGAUUAUGGUGCCGAGUACAACGAGAAGCCCUGCCAAUCUUCGAUGGAAGUGCAUAGUCSACCUUGGAUACACCAUCCGCUGAAGAUCAUAUCUCCAGACUGGGUCAGACAAUCAUCUGCCGUGUCAUCAGCCAAGGCCGUGUGCUUCAUUUUGCAUCCUUUUCAAUUCAAACAACACCCAAGCGCUGAGCUGACUCCGGCUCCCCAAAAACAAUUUCCCCCAGCACAAUUCUCAUGCAACGACCACAUUCAACGAUCAGAGCGUAUUCGCCGUGCUCGUAAACGGCGACUGCCWCGCCCAAACAAAGUCAUUGCGAAAUAUGGAGCUGAAAUAGGCGAGAGAGAUGCGAUAUCGAACCCCGUUGUCUGUGCAGGAGGAUUGAAUCCUACUUACGUCACGCCUCGCUACACGGAGGACAAGCAGAUCCACACCAACAUCUCAGCCUCAGCCCCACUCUGCCAAGUAGGCAACAUCAUACGAGCCACGAAAUCCCAAGCCCGCCCCUGA